CAGCAGCAGCAGCAGCAGCAGCACCAGGAGGCGGCGGCAGUGGCGGCGGUGCCUAGGCUUCGCCCGCACGAUAACCGCACCAUGGUGGAGAUCAUCGCCGACCACCCGGCCGAGCUGGUCCGCACUGACAGCCCGAACUUCUUGUGCUCCGUGCUGCCUUCACACUGGCGCUGCAACAAAACUCUCCCGGUGGCAUUCAAGGUGGUGGCUUUAGGAGAAGUCCCUGAUGGGACAGUGGUCACAGUCAUGGCUGGAAAUGAUGAAAAUUAUUCUGCAGAGCUGAGGAAUGCCUCAGCUGUAAUGAAGAAUCAAGUGGCGCGGUUUAAUGACCUGAGAUUCGUUGGCAGAAGUGGAAGAGGGAAAAGUUUUACUCUAACAAUAACUGUCCUUACAAAUCCUCCUCAAGUUGCUACAUAUCACAGAGCUAUAAAAGUGACAGUAGAUGGACCAAGGGAACCACGGAGGCACAGACAGAAGCUUGAUGACUCUAAACCUAGUUUGUUCUCAGAACGUCUCAGUGAUUUAGGGCGCAUUCCUCAUUCCAGUAUGAGAGUAGGGGUCCCGACUCAGAGCCCACGGCCCCCCUUGAACUCUGCACCAAGCCCUUUUAAUCCACAAGGACAGAGUCAGAUUACAGGUGCUUCAGAGCUGAGCCCAUUUUCAGAUCCCAGGCAGUUUACAAGCAUUUCAACCCUCACUGAGAGCCGCUUCUCCAACCCACGAAUGCACUAUCCAGCCACCUUCACUUAUACACCGCCAGUCACUUCAGGCAUGUCAUUGGGUAUGUCAGCCACCACUCAUUACCAUACCUACUUACCGCCACCUUAUCCGGGCUCUUCCCAAAACCAAAGUGGACCAUUCCAGACCAGCAGUACUCCAUAUCUCUACUAUGGCACAUCAUCAGGAUCAUACCAGUUCCCCAUGGUGCCGGGGGGAGACCGUUCCCCCUCCAGAAUGCUUCCUCCCUGUACCACCACAUCCAACGGCAGCACAUUAUUAAACCCUAACUUGCCUACCCAGAAUGAUGGUGUGGAGGCUGAUGGAAGCCACAGCAGCUCCCCAACAGUCUUGAAUUCUAGUGGCAGAAUGGAUGAGUCUGUCUGGAGGCCUUACUGAAAUUUUCUCUGCGGAGCGUAAAAUCUUGUCAGACAGAAAGCAAACCAAUAAACAAACGAUUGUCAGCUGAUUAUAAAGUGCCUGAUUUUUUGUUUUGUUUUUUGUUUUCGAAAUAGAUUCUGUUAAUAUGUGCAACUAAGUAGCUGAGAUGUUAACAGCUAAUUACAUGCAUACGACAUGAGACUGACUUUCCACAUCAUAAUUCCAGUCAAUGUGGAUCAAAGCACAGUUUUUUUUCCUCCUGGGAAUGUUGUCUCAGUUUUAUAUUUUAAAAUAUAAUGAUCCAACCCCAAAAGAUGCCCAUUCUGUCUAGACUCCUUUUAAAAAAAGCGAGUUCUUUUGCCAAGAGAGGAGACAUGGACUUCUGCCAAUUGUCAAGGCAACGCCUGUGCUUUAUUUGUUGUCCAAAUAAACAGAAGCAUCUUGAACUUCAGGUACGGUUGCAGUCAUACAAUCUCUAGGACCCUCAUGCAUGCACAGUGUAAUUCACUCCGUGUGUUUGUGCACACAGAAAAAAAAAAUGCUUCCAUUUAUACCAGAAUAUCUUCAGCUUACAGUAACUCCUCAACCAUCUUAUCAAAGCCUUCCCUCUGAUGAAAGAGAAAACUUUUGAAUCUUUCUUCUUCUUUUGCUGAAAUAGCACCCUAUAAGGUACCAAGACAAACUUGUUUGUUUUGUGUUAUACACUUUUGUGAUUACCUUUGCCUUAGUCAAGUUAACCAAAAAAAUUCUUGGGGGAAAAUGUCCCCCAAACAAAACAAAACAAAACGAAACAAAAAACAAACUAAUAAACAAACCAAAUUCUAACUUCUUAUGCAAGGAAAAAAAAAAGAGAAUGGCAAUAUAUCGUACUCAAACCAAAACAGUAUCAGUAGUAUGUGUGUGUGGCUAUCUUGUUUUAUUUUAUUAAGUUAUAAAUGUGUACAAAAUUGAGGUUAUAUGCAAAAAAUGAAUUGUCAUAUAAUUUUAAAGAAAUAUUUAUAAUUAUUUAAUAAUGUUUGGUCCCUUUAAGGUUUUUUAUAAUGUAAUGAUAUGUUGACUUCGGUCUCUAAAAAUGUCUGUUGUUUUUAAAUUGUGGCAGCCUUUGACUGGUACAGAAUAUCAGACCAUGCAUGAACUCUGAAAAGCAGUUCCAGUAUAAACUAUCUGCAAUAUGUAUUUUUUAAAAAAAAAUAAUAAUAAUUAAAUGCUUCCAUCUCUAAAGAAUUCAGGUAUAAUCAUACAUUGGCUUAAUUUAUGAAGGAGGUACUGCUUUAAUUGUAACUGAAUAUUGGGUUGUCUUUUUUUAACCUGGUAAAAAUUAACUGGAAACAGAUUGAACAGGCAUUAUUUUGAAUACAUUACUCUACAAUCCCUCCAGGAGGCGGGAUCUAGAAGUCCAUGUGGACGCUUCUGCUCUUAACACAGAGCCUUUUCAUCUCUGCCCUCCCCAAGGCUGCCCUCUGCACUGCAAAGCUCUGUUCCUCAAGAUUGGGGCCUUUAGUAGGAGGGUUUCCUGUGAAGCAAAAGAGACACACAUACAUUUCAAAUAUACAUUUAUCUUAUAUACAUAUGUUUUAAUCCCAGCCAGCUUCAUCUGGUGGAAUUCAAAAGUUUUCCAUGUUUUUCAAUCAGCAUUUGGGAAACAGUAAAACAGCCCUGCAUUGGCGCAAGGAAGGUUCUCCAAGAGACAUUUCAGAAUUCACCCUUACCUGAAAUCAGUAGCUUUCUGUUUAAGAACUCUUAAAUUAUUUUUUUCAGGAACUAUACAUUAUGUUACAAGGCAUUGUAUUAAACUGGAAUAAGCACACGUGAAUUGCUGCAGAGGCCCUCUGCAGUUCAAUGCUGCUCCAGCAUCUGGCAACAUAGAGUAGCUGAAGGUUGAUGAUAGAAGACAGUGUUUUCAUAAAGUCAGGCUCUGCUUCCCUAAUUGAAAAACAUGAUUAUUCCCGAAGCUCUUAAAAUCAAUCAUCCAACAUUUACCAUUUAUCAUUUUUGCUGGUAAGCAAGCCAAAUUAGUUCCUUGGCAAGUAAGUGUCUUUGUCCCCAAUUAUUCUGUAGUCUUUGACAAUUCUUAUUUAGACUCAUGGUAGAUAGAAUUUGGCACUUUACACGAAAUCCAGCAACUUGUAGCUUUGUGCAUAGGCCCAACAGGAUGUGGGGAUGUGAAUGAAAGGUAGGGAGUACUGAAGCUCUUUAAAAGAAGGUGUCACUUUCUUGAAAUUCCUUGUCUUUCUAGCCUCUAUUUUGAUCUCCUUUGUGCUGUCUUUAGCUUGAACUGUGUGCAACAGUCUUUUCCAUGUAUUGUGAUACCGCUGAAACUAAGGAUAGUUAGAUGUAGUAUCUUUUGAACACCCAGUCAAUAAGAAAAUGGACAAUAGAGUUGGCAAUUUCAAUGACAGCUGAUAGCUAAGACAGCCCAAAGAAUGAUUCUACAUCCCCAUGAAUUAUUAUUGGCAAGUUAAUAUAAUUCAUUUGCUCCUUUGGAAAAAUUAUUGCCUUCUAAAGGUUAACGAUCAAGUCCCCUUUUUAUAAAUAGGAGAGACUUUCCUGAUGUGUAAUUUUCUUCCGAAGUUGGAACUUGCUAUUGAUCCUAUUUAUUGUUUGCGGUAGCUUGAAGCAUACCCUUGUCCAGUGAUUUUUAUCUGUAAGAUAAGUAUGUUCAUUUCAGCAGCACUUAAAAAUGCUAGUGUCUGGUUACACAUUUCAAGUUGGAAUAUUGUUGAUUAAGCAAACCAAAAUAAGGACAUGAAUUGCCAGUGCAAAUGCUGUUGUGUAUUUAAUAAAAGGUACUAUAUUUGUAUAUUAUUUUUAUUGCUGAGAAGGCCUUUUAAAAGAUAUACUAUAUGCAUCUUAAAUAAUUUUGUAGGGAUUUUUUUUUGUUGCUACAGGGGCUGCAGGCAGCAACCCAAAUGCAUUUAAAAAGAAAGGAAGAAAGAAAGACAUUCUUGUACAAUUUCAAUACUGCUUUAUAUUUCUGGAUUUAAUUCAGCAUAGAUCAUUUUUUAUAUUCUGUUCUGUAGCUUCAGUAAUGUUUAUAUAUCACAUUUUUGGGAUUAUUUGGGAUUAAAAUUCCAGAUUGCUCAGGUGUGCAAUUUUGCUUGCACCAAAACAUGUCCAGUUCAUACUGUUGACCACACCAAUGAAAUAAUUUGCUUUACAGUUCAGAGUAACCAAUAAUAAGAGAGUCAUAAGCACCUUUGAUAUAAGCACAAAGCCCUUCUUUAGAGUCUUUCAUGUUUUAAGUGUGCCUUAAAAAGCUCUCAGUUGGAAACAUCUUUAUCCAUCUUGGGAGAUACCUAAUGUUUUGAUGGCAUCAGGAGAAAAAUAAGCUAAAGUUCAAGCUUUACAGUUACUAUAAUGUUUCUCCUGUAUGUCACCCAUCUCUCCUUCCAAGUUCAUUUUAUUUUGAUGCAGGAAGGGAAAAUGGGAUGACAUUAGCAUUAUGGGCUGUAGUUAGAGUCUCAAGUCCACAAGAAAGGUUGGUCCAGUUUAUAGUGUUAAAAUGCUUGUGCAGACAUCUUUACGGAGUCUGUAUAAGAAUUUACAGAGAGAUUUUUCAAGUCUUUGGCCUUGGAUAAAACACAGAAUUCACUUGGGCACGGCGAAUCCAAAGUUUAUUGGUAUAAAACAGGCACUAGCGACUAGGCCAUGAAAAAACCCCUGUCACAGCAUCUGGGAUGUUGCUCCAUUGAAUCUGACUCUAAGCUAGCAGUCCCUGGGCAUGGAUUUGCUAGCCAUUAUCUCCUCCUCCCUUCUCGCCAGGCUUCAUCAAGGAGAGAUUUUUGCACUGUCAAGUUUGCCUGAUAAGUUUGCCCUCCUUUUUUGCUGGAGCCUCCAUUUCAGUCCUGGUGAGGUCAUGCAUCAGGACUCUGAGAAAAGCCAUGAACAAAAGCAAUAAUUUAAACAUAAAUAAAAUAUAAACCAAAGGAAAUACUGUUUUCUAAGAGCUUUAUUUCUGUGAUAACAUUUCAUUUCAGUAUGUUUGACCUGUCAUUUUGCCAUUUAAGUUCAUUGCAAUAUUUUUAAAUAGAUCAGCCAGAAAUCAUAUUUUACAGUACAUUUUGUUUCCUAGGUACACUAAGCAAUAUUCCACAGUAUUUUUUUGCUUAAAUAUGUUUUACCAGUCUUGAAUUUCUGCUGGAGCAAAAUAUUUGUAGCAUUUCCUGUAAAUACAAGCUUUAAUUUCUUUCAUUUUCCCCCAAUUGCUGUUGUCCAAGAAUUGCUUUCCAUGCACGGAUUGUACAAACACAUUCUUUUUCCUUUUUUUUUUGUGCCGCAGACAGCGAUUGUGGAAGGGAAGGGUUUACUUUAUCUUCAAAGGGACUGUGUGUAUUGUAUGUUGCAACUGUAAAUUGAAUUUGUUUGGCAUUCUCUCAUGAUUGUAAUAUUAAUUUUGAGGUUUGAAUCUCAUUUUCAAUAAAGUGGCUUUUUUGUUA